ACUAUUGCACAUAAAUUACACCGCAACUUUGCUUACUCAAGAGCAAUAACUUACAGACCAAUAAAGAAAUUCCAUCCAAUGAAGCUUUCCCUCGAGACACUCCUCCUCGCAUGCUUUGCAGCAUCUUCCACUUCUGCCGAGGUCCUCGACGAACAGCUGCAGGGUGCAUUCUUCGCCUGGACGAAACAUCAUGCCAAAACGUACUCUAGCGAGGAAGAAACCAGGCUGCGGCUAGGGAUCUGGAAGGAGAAUCAUGGUGCGUGCCCAUAUGGACCGCAAGACCCCGCGAAUUGUCGUUCUGUGGUCAUUUCCUCGCUGUGCAUUCUUCGGUCGGAAUUUGUAUCUGCUUCUAACAAAGCCCGUCGUUGUUUCCUUUCAUUCGCAAUUUAGCUUUUAUCGAAGCUCACAACUCGCAGGAGCCCCCUCCCUCCUUCACGCUGGGCCACAAUCAGUUUUCCGAUUUGACCCUGGAUGAAUACCAGGAAUACAACAAGCUCGGAGGUUACAGUCCGGGUGUGAUGACACCACCUAGGCUUCGCUCGUUCGAAUCAACGACAGCAGCGACAAAACUCCGCAAGGGUCGUCGGUUGCAAGAUAUCCCCGAUUCCGUGGACUGGGUUGAAAAGGGCGCCGUUCCCCCCGUGAAAAACCAAGGUGCGCAUAAGAACCACCGCCGCCCGCAUUUUUAUGCCUCGGAACCGGAUGGACCGAGUUUCCGAAUGUCCAUCCGAAAAGUCGUCCACGCCGUCGUUUCUAUUUUUUUCGCUCCUCACCCGCGGCUAUUGUCUGCAUUUUUUUCACUAGGCAUGUGUGGAUCGUGCUGGGCAUUUUCUGCAAUCGUGGCAAUCGAGGGUGCCCACUUCCUUGAUACUGGGAAUUUGACCAGUUUGUCCGAACAGGAGCUUGGUAAGAACAAUAACGCUCGACGGAAAUUAAAAUUACGAAAAGCGUGUCGAUGCCUAUGAAGAAGCCGUCUCUCAACCUUUCCCUCUUAACUGCAUUAUAGUGGACUGCGACGCUUUGGAUAUGGGAUGCGGGUAAGUAAUUCUGACGAUGAACCUAAGAAGGAUCAAUACCCUAUGAUUCUCGGAACGGUAUUGACGUCGUUUACUUCGAAAUCACUCUUCUCAUCUUCUUCAUUCUUUGCCUUUCAACAAAAAUAGUGGUGGCUUGAUGGACAACGCCUUUUUGUUCGACGAAAAUUCGACCGGUAUCUGCUCGGAAAUGGAUUAUCCCUACGUCAUGCAUCGUCGUUGGCUACGAGGAUGCGGUUCAGAAAAAGGAGAAUGCACUCCUGUUGAACACACCCGUGUCAAGAGCUUCACCGACGUAGAAAAUACUCCCGAGGCCUUAGUGGAAGCUAUCGCGCAACAACCUGUCUCGGUCGCUAUGUACGUAAAAGCUGUGAUCUCGUCUUUCGUUUGCCCCUUUGUAUGUUUGUAUAGAAAACAAUUUGACCGUCCAGCAAAUAGGAUGUGACUGACCCAUCUCAUCAACUAAUGUUGUAAUGUGUUUUUGCCACUUUUCGCAUUUUUUCGGUGUUACUACAGUGAGGCUGAUCAGCAGGUCUUCCAAUUCUACAAAUCUGGUGUUUUCGAUGAUCCUGGGUGCGGUAACAACCUCGAUCAUGGAGUCGCAGCAGUUGGCUAUGGCACUUCUGAUGACGGAAAAGAUUAUUUCAAAGUUAGAAAUAGUUGGGUAAGUCCUACGCCAUCAAUCGAUCCGCAUCAUUGGUUCCUCGCAGAAUAUCAUUUCUCACAUUCGAGUGCUCUGUCUUUCAAAUCUUCGUUGCAGGGUGCAAGUUGGGGUGACGAAGGAUACAUUGUAAGUCCUUCAUCGUUGACAAUAAUGGAUCAUUUUAUGAGCUUGUUUCUUGUUCCCUGUAACCUCGAUUUUUGUUCUCAUCGAUUAUCCUACAACUGUUUCCACUUCUGGUAAUUCUUUAUGCCAAUUUUUAACCACAGUUGAUUAGCAGGUCCAUAGAAAAUAAUGUCAAUGGAACUUGCGGAAUUUUGUCGUUCGCUUCGAUGCCAAUGUUGCGUGAUGACUAAACGACACUGAUCAGGAGCAUCUCGAGAGAGAGCCAAUUUUACGGCCAAACAAACAUCUGCAUCCUUAAUUAAAUCUAGACGAGAUUUUUCGUUCUGAAAAGCAAUGCGACGGCGACGACAUAUUUUCGUCCGUCGUCAUAUAUAUAAAGAAAAUACAUUUCAAAGUGGAAACAGUUUUCCGGUUACCCGAUAUUGAGAAGACUUGUGAGGCAUAUGCGGAAUCUUCAAUAUCCAGGCGUAUUGAAUAUUAUCAACCUGCUUCCACUAUAAAAUAACUUGAAAUCUUAAAAGGGAUACGGGUUGAGUAUAUCGCAUACGCUAUUUACUUUUUAGA